AUGGCACCGGAACUUCGAAAGAGAAAAUCCGCCCCUGAGAUGCAAAAGGCCAACGGCGUCGCAUCGAAAAAGGCCGACAAGACCAAGGCGAAUACGAAGCGCAAAGCUCCCGCGGAUGCAUCUCCCGUGGCCUUGAAGAAGCAGAAGUCGACCAAGAAGUCGACAGUGGCGGAAAAGGAAACAGAGAAGCCCACCAAGGCAGCCAAGUCUAAGAAGCAGGCCAAGACUGCCAGCACCGCUGAGAAGAAGCACGAGGAAGAAAAGUCCAGCGAGGACGAGCAGAAUGACAACGACAUGAUGCUCCUGGUAGACGAGCUCGACUCGGACGAGGAAGAAGCGGCAGAUACGAAAUCCGAGUUCAUUCCCGGCCAGGACGUCGGCAAGGUGCCCGCCAUUUCCAAAGAGGUUAUCGCCGCCGCCAAGCCUUCUACCGGGGAGCGAGGUGUUUUGUACAUCGGUCGCAUCCCCCACGGUUUCUACGAGCACGAGAUGAGGCAAUACCUCAGCCAAUUCGGCCCCAUCACGAGACUUCGCCUCUCGCGGAACAAGAAGACGGGCGCCAGCAAGCACUUUGCUUUCGUCGAGUUUGCCGAGGAGAGCACGGCCGAGAUCGUCGCCAAGACCAUGGACAACUACUUGCUGUUCGGACACAUUCUCAAAGUCAAGAUGGUGCCGAGGAACCAGGCGCACGAGGAACUGUUCAAGGGAGCCAACAGGAGAUUCAAGAAGGUGCCGUGGAACAAGAUGGCCGGCCAAAAGCUGUCCAAGCCGUUGACGGAAUCUGCUUGGGAGGCCAAGGUCGAGAAGGAGCGCGCCAACCGGGCGGCCAAGGCGGCCAAGCUCAAGGCAUUGGGCUACGAGUUUGACGCACCCGAGUUGAAGGAGGUGCCCGCGCCGGCGCCCAUCGAGGAGGCAAAGGAGGAGGAAGUCAAAGCCAUCGAGCCUGCCCCUGCCGAGAAGGCUGACGAGACGGCCGUGGCCGGCGCAACCAAGGUGGAAGCCGAAGGGCCGAGUGCCGAGGCAGCAACGAUAUCGGCGCCCAAGGCCAAGGCGGCGAAAGCAAAGGCAUCAAAAGGUGGAAAGGCGAAGAAGUCCAAGGCCUAG